CUACACACGCGCGAAGAUGGAUUUCUCCACAGAAGACGACGAGGCUAUGCGCCAGUACAUGCCUGCUCAAUUCGGAAAAACAGACGCCGGCGUAAACGUUGAAGCGCAAGUCGAACGAUGUCGUAGAGCGGUUGUCGAUGAGAGCAAGGGUAGUAGGGACGCAAGAUCAGACAAGGACUCGGACGACGACAGCGAUGACGACGAUGAGGAUGACGACGAGUUUCCCGUUUCUCACGAAUUGAUUGUCAAGACGCACGACCGCGCCAUUACGACCAUAGCUCUCGACAACUCGGGCACGCGGUUGGUGACUGGCAGCAACGACUGUACGCUCAAAUUGCAUGAUCUGAGUGCGCUUACGCCAAGUACGAUACGCGCUUUCAAGACGGUAGAUCCAUUUACGACCAAGCCUUCGCAGACAGCCGAGUCGCAUUCCAUACACCAGGUUCUAUUCGGCCCACAUUCGGGCGGUCAGUUCUUGUGUAUCACGGCGACGUCGCAAGCAAGGCUUUUCAACAGGGAUGGAGAGCUUGUUUCGGAAUUUGUCAAGGGCGACAUGUAUCUGCGAGAUAAGCACAACACGAAGGGUCACACAUCCGAGAUUACGAGUGGCGCAUGGCAUCCUACGAACCGCGAUCGGUUUGUCACUGCGGGAACAGACAGCACGGUGCGAAUAUGGGAUGUGAACAAAAGGAUGAAGCAGGAAGAGGUUAUUGUACACAAGUCAAGAGCUGCUGGCAGCGCAGGAAUGACAAGAAUGACGGCUAUUGCUUGGGGUGCUGCUGGUGAUGGGGGGAGCAGUAUGCUUGUUUCUGCAGCGCUGGAUGGUAGUCUGGUUAUGUGGGGUGGUGAGGGACCGUUCCAUCGACCUGCGGCAGAGAUUCGAGAUGCCCAUGUGAAGGAUACCUGGACGAGUGGACUGGACAUCAGUGCGGAUGGAAGACUGGUGAUCACAAGAGGCGGAGACGACACGAUCAAACUGUGGGAUACAAGAAAGUUCAAGACGCCCCUCAACACGACAUCACACCCGUCCACAUCAUCACAAUAUCCCACAUCGAACAUCAAGUUCGCACCAAACUCGUCAAGCAUCAUCACAGGGUCUGAGACGGGCCAUCUCCACAUUCUCAACCCAGCAACUCUCCGCCCAGAGCUGGUAACACCAGUAACGCUAGGCUCCCCUCUGAUAUCAGUAAACUGGCAUCCCAAGAUCAACCAGAUCUUCACGGGUUCUGCAAAUGGCCAAACAACCAUCCUUUUCAAUCCCAAGCUCUCUACAGCUGGUGCCCUUACCAUCCUCAGCAAGGCGCCCAAAAAGCGACAUCUCGACGACGACCCCAACUUGACAGUCGACAUGGAUCCGCUAGGCAUGGCGGGCGAGAAUCCUAACGGUAGUUCCGGACUCCAGCCAGGUUCUUUUGCGGCUCGACACCCUACCAUUGGACUCACAGCGUCAGGCAGAUCUAGAGAUCCGAGGAGACCGCAUAUCCCAGCCGUCACGCCGUUUGCAAAGAGCACACCCGAUCAGAAGUAUGUCAUGGAGCAGAUUGAAGGGUCGGACAUGCGGGAUGAGGAUCCAAGGGAGGCGUUGCUGAAGUAUGCGCCGAAGGCGGGAGAGAAGAACGUGUUUACCGGGGCGUGGGACAAGACGCAGCCGAACGCUGUGUAUAAGGAUUAUGACAGUGAUGAGGAUGAGAGAGAUAGUAAGAGGUCGAAGCGGUAGUGGCGUCUGUACUUUUGUAACCAUAUACCCAUUAUAUAUCACACAAUCUGAGAGAUUCAGUACAUAUUCGAAUCGGCGCAGGUAUGGAAUAUGAGUGGAACGUCUUG